UUCCUGGUUUAUUCAUGUUUGAUGGUGUUUACUGUUUUGUUUUCACUUCGACUUGAAAAUUACAUAGAAUGGAGCUACUGGGCAGUGUUUACCCCAUUAUGGUUUUGGAAAAGUAUGGUGAUAUUGGGUGCUACUGUCGGCAGUUACAUAUGGUGGAGGCAUCCACAUUCUCGAUUAGAAGGGGAUGCAUAUGUUCACUACAAAGCAAUGCUUAUUACACUUGCAUUACACUUAAUUUUACUGAUGUUUGAAUUGCUUGUGUGCGAUCAAUUGGAAUCCAAGAGACAUUUGUGGAUUUUAGUGUUCAUACCUUUAAUUUUUAUCUCCAUUGUGUCAAUAGCAGUAUGUAUCUGGGCUGUGAAACAUGACAGGUCAUUCGAACUUGAAUUGUUUUGUGCAGUCAACGUUUUGCAGUUCAUCUUUCUUGCCCUCAAAUUAGAUAAGUUUGUUUCAUGGAGUUGGGAAGUGGUGUUUGUUCCACUUUGGGCUCUUUUGUGUUUGUCCCUUGUCGCAGUCUUAUAUGCCAUAGUAUUUGCUGCUGUUUUAUUGAGGACACCACAAAUCAAUGCUAGACAGAGGAGAACCUCAUUAAAUUCGGCCUUAGCAUACACGUUUUUAGUUGUUCCAGUAUUAGUAUUUCAAGUGAUGCUAGCAAACAAAUUAGAUGGUGACCUUAAUGUUAGGUAUACGACAAUAGCGAUACCACUAUUACUGUCACACGUCACACUUAUUUGCAUGUCUUUUGGAGCUAAGGGAGGAAAUAGAUGGCUGUGCCCUAUUUUACAAGAAUAUGGGAACAUUUCGUAUCAACCUAGAAGCGCUCAAGAUCAACCAGAAUCCAUUGUUUUUGAGAAGAAUGGAAAGAACCUCAAGAAGAAUGAUUCAACAAAGCCUGUUGAGCCAAUAAUAUCCAUAGAUAUGCCAGAUUGAUUGCAUUGGCUGUAAAUAUGUGCAAAUAAAUUUAUAUGGAAUAAUCUGUGGGAACACAUUUUGUUCUCAAAAUAAAUUUUCUACUGUGGUUACUUCUAAGAUCUAUGAGUAACGAAAGGUGUGACAUAACAAACUUUCAAAAAGAAAUGAAUUCGACGACUUGAAGUUAAGAUUGCAGAUCAAGAUUGCCAGUCAUUUUUGCACGAGAGGCAACAAUUAUGUCAAAAAUAGUUUUUACUGCCUUGGGUGUAAAUCAUGGAUUCUAGAUAGUUGUAAGGAUAAAAAGUUAUCCUAUUUGCUUGUUGAAGCAUUAGAAGUAAUGCAAUCCUCAAGAACGCAUGUAAAAGCUUCUGGUCGCAAAUUUAUCCUUAUGCGAUUUGAUACAUUUUUUUCUUGCCUCAGGAGCAGAAGCACUUUUAUCUGUACAAAGAGUGUAACGAUGUAGGAAAGGUGUGGAAUAUUAAUUUAUACAAUCGUUAGAAGUAUAAUGAUUUUUCUAAUUGCACACAAUAUUUUCAAGUGAAUUUGAAAUUUUGCUUGCUGUUAUAUUUGAAACUAAUAUUCUAAAUUCAACGUGAUACUUUAAACCUGUAAAUAUGUGAGAUAUGACAUUAAAGUUAACAACGUUUAAGUUUCUGACAAUAAAAUUUAAAUCAUAUGUAAAUGAGAACAUCGAGGAAAAACUGUAAUCAUUGCAUCGCUAUUGCGAUGAUUUUUUAAGGGAAAAAUUACUUAAAAUUUUAUUCAUGUUAAUUAUAACGAAAUUUCAUGUUUUAGAUCUCCAUUUACAUUUAUUAUAUUUAUUUAGAUUAUGACUUUUAUUUAAUUUACUGACGUGUUUUGAUUUUCUAUUGGAUAACUUCGUAAAUUAUUAUUUCCGGAGCAUAGUGGCCAAGCUAUAAACUUGCACGAUGUUCAUAAAAGUUGUUGGCAGUUAAAUUCAUUCUCUGAAUAAUAAAUUAAGAUGCGGAUAAAUACCACUAAUUUUUAGCUCUAACGUAUGCUUGUUUGUUUGCUUUAAAUAAUACAAUCAGCAAAUAUGAGCCUCCAGGAAAGUUUAACUGAGCUGGCUUAAAGCGGAGUUUCGAAAAGUGGCAGCUUUCACCUUCCAUGAAAAGACUUUUAAGUACUUGAAAUCCAUAAAUUACUUUUUACAAUAUCAAGCGCUGAAACGCAUAAUUUUAUUAUUGUGAGGAUGAUAACAUUUUCUUUACGACUGUGCCAUAAAAGAAAAUUUUCGUUAGCAUGCACAUACAGAGCUCAGAAACACAGGGACUUAUACAGGAUGACAGGGAUUAGUCUUAAAAAAUACAAAAAGAUGGGGGAAAUGUAACCAGCCACUGUAGCACAAGACUGAGCACUUCAUUGUUCGCAACAACCCACUAGUAAUUAAAACACUUCUGUUAGUUUGACGAAAAAAAAGAAACAAAAAAGUUUGUAAAUGUAAUAAGCGCAAAGUAAUUUUUAAAUAUAGAAAGCCAACUAAUGAUUGUUAAAACGUUGCUGAUAAAGAUCAUAGAGAUGCUGGGUGAGUUCAAUGGUAUA